GACAAUCCAGGAGCAGUUGCCAACUAUUAAUGACCGCACGUAGUCAGUGUCCAGUUCUCCAGAGAAACAGCCGCACGUGUUAUGGGUGAAAAUAUGCUUUUGCAAACAUUGAGAAAAAUGAGUUAAUACCUUUGCUUAUUCAGUAUAGAAAGAAUUUAGCAAAGCUAGCUUGCUACAACUGAAAAUGUUAGAGGAACUUGCAAAAGACGACGAGAAGAUGGAUGGAAACCACACCGAUGCUAAUCAGAUCAUCAAGGAUCGCCGAAGACAGGAGGAGCAUUAUUUCAAGCUUUAUGGCCGCAUUGAGAUACACGAAUGGCUGUUGAAGGAUUCAGUCCGAAUUAAAGCCUACCGCGAGGCCAUCCAGCACAACGAGUUCUUCAGGCACAAGACUGUCCUGGAUGUUGGCUGCGGCAUGGGCGUCCUUUCGAUGUUCGCAGCCAAGGCGGGUUCCAAAAGGGUCCUGGCAGUAGAGGCGGCCACCAUUUCGGAAUUUGCCCAACAGGUAGUCCAGGAUAAUGAAUUCGGCAGAGUUAUACAGGUGAUUCAGGGAAAAGUAGAGGACAUUGAACUGCCUGAUGGGAUCAAAAAGGUGGAUAUUAUAGUGUGCGACUGGAUGGGCUCCUGCCUGUUUUCUGGAAAUAUGCUCGAGUCGUUAUUAUUUGCGCGGGACAAGUGGCUAUCGGCCACAGGCCACAUCUAUCCGGACACGGCGCAGCUUUAUCUGGCGGCCAUCAAGGGACGCGACCAGGAUCUUGGAUUCUGGCACGAUGUGCACGGCUUCGACCUGUCCGCCAUCCGGCGCAGAUGCGAGUCCAAGGCGGUGGUGGAGCACGUGACCGGUGACCAGAUGAUGAGCAGGGUGUGCCUGGUCAAAUCGCUGGAUCUGUACACCGAGCCCCGCCAAUCCGCCAAGUCUCGUUCGCUAUUCGAGCUAAAGGUCAGCCGAAAUGGCUGGGUUCACGGCCUGGUGGCCUACUUUGAUGUCGGAUUCAGCAAGAGUACGCAAAGGAUCAGCUUCAGCACAUCGCCCUCUGCUCCGUGGACCCAUUGGAACCAAACGGUCUUCUAUCUGGAGACACCACUGCCUGUUAGGGCAGGUGAGUGCAUCAAGGGCGUGCUCACCAUGAAACCCAGCGAGGACAGCAUCUUUGACACGGAAUUCGACAUUUUUGUGAACUUCGAUGGCCGUGAGAAAUCGGUUACCAUCCAUCAGUCCUUUGUGCUCUCCGAUCCCCUAACACUUUGUUGAGCCUGCAACAAAAGUGGCACACGAAAUAUCAUCGGAUCAUGAUAAAAUGAACGACCAGUAAAAUAAAGUAAAAGCCAGCCACAUUGCCAGUGGUGCAAUAUUUAUAUAAUUUUAUUGUGUGUAGGCACACAUAAAAACAUCUCUAUGCAAGAAUUCAGUGGCCUACAUAUGCGAGGGAUUCAGGAAAGAGCUACGGGCUCAAUAACUUUCCAACACCCUGAAUCUUGGAAAAAGGUGACUAAAAGUACGCAACAAUAUAUUUGUGUGCACAAGCACACUAAUAAAAAAUGCUUAUCCUCCACUUAAAAUGUAAAUAAAACAAAAUUAUAAUCUCACCUUGAAU